AUGGCUACAGGAGGUGGCCGGGCCUUUGCUUGGCAGGUGUUCCCACCCAUGCCCACCUGCCGGGUGUAUGGCACAGUGGCAUACCAGGAUGGGCACCUGCUAGUGUUGGGGGGCUGUGGCCGGGCUGGACUGCCCCUGGACACUGCUGAGACACUGGACAUGGCCUCGCAUACAUGGCUCACACUGGCACCCCUGCCCACUGCCCGGGCUGGUGCGGCUGCUGUGGUGCUGGGCAAGCAGGUGCUAGUGGUGGGCGGUGUGGAUGAGGGCCAGAGCCCUGUAGCUGCUGUGGAGGCCUUCCUGGCUGAUGAGGGCCGCUGGGAGCGUCGGGCCACCCUCCCUCAGGCAGCCAUGGGGGUUGCAACUGUGGAGAGAGAUGGUAUGGUGUAUGCUCUGGGGGGAAUGGGUCCUGACACGGCCCCCCAGGCCCAAGUUCGGGUGUAUGAGCCCAGGCGGGACUGCUGGCUUUCACUACCCUCCAUGCCCACACCCUGCUACGGGGCUUCCACCUUCCUGCACGGGAACAAGAUCUAUGUCCUGGGGGGCCGCCAGGGAAAGCUCCCAGUGACUGCUUUUGAGGCUUUUGAUCUGGAGGCCUGUACCUGGACCCGGCACCCAAGCCUGCCCAGCCGCCGAGCCUUUGCCGGCUGUGCCAUGGCAGAAGGCAACGUCUUUAGCCUGGGUGGCCUGCAGCAGCCUGGGCCCCACAAUUUCUACUCCCGCCCACAUUUUGUCAACACUGUGGAGAUGUUCGACCUGGAACAUGGGUCCUGGACCAAGCUGCCCCGCAGCCUGCGCAUGAGGGAUAAGAGGGCCGACUUUGUGGUUGGCUCCCUUGGGGGCCACAUCAUGGCCAUUGGGGGCCUUGGAAACCAGCCAUGCCCUCUGGGCUCCGUGGAGGGCUUCAGCCUUGCACGGCGGCGCUGGGAGGCCCUGCCUGCCAUGCCCACAGCCCGCUGCUCCUGUUCUAGUCUGCAGGCUGGGCCCCGGCUGUUUGUCAUUGGGGGUGUGGCCCAGGGUCCUAGCCAAGCUGUGGAGGCACUGUGUCUGCGUGAUGGGGUCUGA